GCCCACCAAGCCACCACCUCCCCGCCCCUCGCCUCUCCUUCCUCUCUCUCUCUCUCCACCGCUCUUCUCUCUCCUCUCUCUCAUUCCCCCGUUCCCCAAGCGAGAGCAGACCACGAGGAGGAGGAGGAGGAGGAGGAGGAGAGAGAGGGAGCCCUAGCCCUGCCCCGCGACGCGUCGCUGGGGUUAGGGUCUCCCGCGGUUUCCUUCCGCCCUCCCUUCGCCGUCUCCCCGCUCUGGCCGAUCCGCCCGCCGACGCGCGGGGGCGCCCUGCGGCGUGUGUGGUUUUCGGCCUGGGCGGCGCGGCGCCACGCGUGCCAAUGCCGCGUGUCUGACCGUCGGUUCGGGGGAUUGUUUCAGAGGAGGCCUGGCCUAGCUUGAGGUCCUGCUUGCCGCUGGGAAAAGGUGCGGCCUUUUUGGGGAGGUUUGGUGCGAGAUCCGGCGAGCGGCGAGAUGCAGCACGAUCAGCGCAAGAAGAGUUCUGUGGAGGCAGAGUUUUUCACGGAGUAUGGGGACGCAAGUCGAUACAAGAUUCAGGAAGUCAUUGGUAAGGGAAGCUACGGGGUGGUAUGCUCCGCAAUAGAUGUCCACACAGGAGAGAAAGUAGCGAUCAAGAAGAUACACGACAUCUUUGAGCACAUAUCUGAUGCUGCACGGAUUCUCCGUGAGAUCAAGCUCCUGAGACUCCUAAGACAUCCUGACAUUGUUGAGAUCAAACAUAUUAUGUUGCCUCCUUCAAGAAGGGACUUCAAAGAUAUUUAUGUUGUUUUUGAACUUAUGGAGUCCGAUCUUCACCAAGUUAUUAAGGCUAAUGAUGACUUGACGAAGGAACAUUAUCAAUUCUUUCUCUACCAAUUGCUUCGUGCUCUGAAAUACAUUCACACAGCUAACGUUUAUCAUCGGGACUUGAAGCCGAAGAAUAUAUUAGCAAAUUCUAACUGCAAACUAAAAAUUUGUGAUUUUGGACUGGCACGGGUUGCAUUCAAUGAUACCCCAACAACGAUCUUUUGGACAGAUUAUGUUGCAACAAGAUGGUACAGAGCUCCAGAGCUCUGUGGAUCCUUCUUUUCAAAGUAUACACCAGCCAUUGACAUCUGGAGCAUUGGAUGCAUCUUCGCUGAGGUGCUAACAGGAAAGCCUUUGUUUCCUGGUAAAAAUGUUGUCCAUCAGUUAGAUUUGAUGACUGAUCUUCUCGGCACACCAUCCAUGGAUACCAUUUCCCGGGUCCGCAAUGAGAAAGCAAGGAGGUAUCUGAGCAGCAUGAGAAAGAAAGAGCCAAUUCCAUUUUUGCAGAAGUUUCCCAAUACAGAUCCUUUAGCCUUGGAUCUUUUGCGAAGGCUUUUAGCAUUUGAUCCGAAGGACCGUCCAACUGCAGAAGAGGCAUUGGCUCAUCCAUACUUUAAAGGGUUAGCCAAGGUUGAGAGAGAACCAUCUUGUCAACCAAUCACAAAGAUGGAGUUUGAGUUUGAGCGUAGAAGAGUGACAAAGGAAGACAUAAGGGAGCUGAUAUUCCGUGAGAUAUUGGAAUAUCAUCCACAAUUGCUGAAAGACUAUAUCAACGGCACAGAGAGGACAACCUUUCUAUACCCGAGUGCUGUCGAUCAAUUCAGGAAGCAAUUUGCUCAUCUCGAAGAAAAUAGUGGAAAUGGCCCUGUGAUUCCAAUGGACAGAAAACAUUCUUCUCUUCCUAGGUCUACUGUUGUUCACUCCACUCCAAUUCCUGUCAAGGAACAACCCCGUAUUGGCCCAUCAAAGGACAAGGCUUCAUCUGAUGAGUCCUACAGAAAUCCUCGUGAGGCAGAAAAUUUUUCCGGCAAUGUCCCAAGAACCUCACAGGCUCCACAAAGAGUGCCAACAGCGAGACCAGGAAGGGUUGUUGGUCCAGUAAUGCCUUACGAAAAUGGAAACUCCAAGGAUCCCUAUGACAAACGAAGGUUGGCAAUGAACUCAGGAUAUCCUCCCCAACAACAAAUCCCACAAACAUUCGGUUAUUAUCAGACACCUGGCAAGCCAGCUUGCUCUGAGCCGUCGCAGGCUGAAAGGUAUACGCUGCAUCAGCAGGCAUAUGCCUGUGCAAACAGUACAACUACUGUGUCUGAUGUUGCUCUGGACAUGAGAGCACCCCCUUUUCAUCAUCUAUCAGCAGGGCCGAAAAGUGAGCCCUCUGAUAGGUUAGCAGCAGAGACAAACUUGUACACGAGAUCACUCAAUGGUAUUGCUGCUACCGCAGCAGGAGUGGCAGCAAAUGCUCACAGAAAGGUCAGUGUGGUUCCCUUCGGCAUGUCAAGGAUGUAUUAGUAGCCGAAUCAUGGCAAAUCCUCUAUGCGUUGCUGGAACUCUGCUGCCUGCUGGUGGCGAAAGAUUGAGAAUGAAGUGGCCGAUCAAACCUAGGCUGGAUGCCGCGAAGUUUAGAGCGCAGAGCAAUCCAAGGUUGACUAUGGUGCCCUGCUGCUCAUAGGUUGUGUCUGAUCUGGAAACACCAUUGUUAUCGAAGGGCAUCGACACCUUCGUUCAGUUUUGGCCAUCAGCUUGUAUCUGCCUGUGCCUAGGAAGUGUGCCCUAUGUGGUAGUCCAGUGGCUUGUAAUCUGAGCAAUUUAGGCGCCAAUUUCUUUUCCAGAGCGAGGAGACCGAAGGGAAAGGAAGGAACACUAACGUAUUAAUGUUGUAUAGAGAUUUUUCUUAUAUAUCAAUCAAUGUGCUACAUCAGAAUGUCUUCAGAUAGAUACAAGAUAUUGCACACAUUCGCUUGGUUUUAAGUAGCCAUGCGCUAUUUCGUUGCCAGGAUCUUCUUAUUC